AUGGCCCUGAGGGCCCCCGCACUGCUGCUGCUGCUGCUGCUACUACUGCCGCUCCGCGCCGCCGGCUGCCCAGCAGCCUGCCGCUGCUACAGCGCCACGGUGGAGUGUGGCGCCCUGCGGUUGCGCGUCGUCCCGCUGGGAAUCCCGCCAGGGACGCAGGUGGGCACCGUGUGGAGCUGCGGGAGGACGGGGUGCCCCCAGGGAGAAGAAGACCCCCGCAGCGGGGUAAGCGCCUCCUCUUUCCCCGGCCUGCAGACACUGUUCCUGCAGGACAACAACAUCGCGCGCCUAGAGCCGGGAGCCCUGGCGCCACUCGCCGCUCUGCGCCGGCUCUACCUGCACAACAACAGCCUGCGCGCCCUGGAGGCCGGCGCCUUCCGCGCGCAGCCGCGCCUGCUGGAGCUGGCGCUCACUAGCAACCGGCUGCGCGGCUUGCGCGGCGGCGCCUUCGUAGGCCUGGCCCAGCUGCGCGUGCUCUACCUGGCGGGCAACCAGCUGGCGCGGCUGCUGGAUUUCACCUUCUUGCACCUGCCGCGACUGCAGGAGCUUCACCUGCAAGAAAACAGCAUUGAGCUGCUGGAGGACCAGGCUUUAGCGGGGCUGUCCUCCCUAGCACUGCUGGACCUCAGCAGGAACCAGCUGGGCACCAUCAGCCGAGAGGCCCUGCAGCCCCUGGCCAGUCUGCAAGUCCUGCGCCUCACAGAGAACCCAUGGCGCUGUGACUGCGCCCUGCACUGGCUGGGGGCCUGGAUCAAGGAGGGCGGCCAGCGGCUGCUCACCUCCAGGGACAGGAAGAUCAUGUGUGCAGAACCCCCGCGCCUGGCGCUCCAGAGUCUCCUGGACGUAUCCCACAGCAGCCUCAUCUGCAUUCCGCCCUCUGUCCACGUGCAGCCGCUGGAGCUCACAGCCAACCUGGGUGAGGACCUGCGGGUUGCCUGCCAAGCCUCCGGCUACCCCCAGCCAUUGGUGACCUGGAGAAAGGUGCCCCAGCCUCGCGAAGGCCGGCCGCGAGCCCAGGCCCAGCUAGAAGGCGGGUUGCUGGGCCUGGGCGGACAGUCGGCAUCCGACACGGGCAGCGGCAUGCUCUUCCUCAGCAACAUCACGCUGGCGCACGCCGGUAAGUACGAGUGCGAGGCCUCCAACGCCGGCGGCGCUGCCCGCGUGCCCUUCCGGCUCCUGGUCAACGCGUCCCGGCAGCAGCCGCAGCAGCCCGCGCAACCGCCGCCUCCGGCCGCCCGCCCCGCCGGCCGCGAGCCCGGGCCCGAGGCGGGCAGCAUGGCCUUCCGCGCCCUGGGCCUGGCCACGCAGACGGCCAUUGCGGCGGCCAUCGCGCUGCUGGCGCUCACGGCACUGCUCCUGGUCGCCAUGAUCUGUCGCCGGCGCCGCAGGCGAAAAAAGGCGCGGGGGCCUCCGGGGGAGGGCGCGCUGUUCGUCAACGACUACUUGGACGGCCCCUGUACGUUCGCACAGCUAGAGGAGCUCCGCGACGAGCGCGGCCACGAGAUGUUCGUCAUCAACCGCUCCAAGCCGCUCUUCGCCGACGGUCCGGCGGAGGCGCCCGCGGACUGCGGACCAGCAGAGGGGGCGGGGCCGGGGCUCCGCGUGCCCCCGCCGGUCGCCUACGAGAUCCACUGCUAGGGCCGCGGGCGCGCGGAUGACGUGGGCGCCGGAGAUUGGCCGGUGCGGCCUCGCGCAUGCUCCGUCAGUAAAGGUGGAAGCCGCGCAGUG